AAGACUCCAAAUCCAUGUAAGGGCCUGGUUGCGGUGGCUCUUCCUGCCACAACAUGGACACAUCCAAAUUUCUUUUAACAUGUGCGCUGCUCUGUACAGUCACUGGAGUGCUUUCAAAUGUCCUUGAUGAUUACACUAAAACUGAUGGGGCAUAUUCAGUGAACACGGCAGCCGUGGAGGUGAGGUGCUCCGUGUGGACAGGCAAGGACCUGAUCGACCUGCGUCCUCUGAUUCACACCACUGGAUCCUACCUGGCCACGGACAAGGACAAUGAGAACUCGCCUGACUUCUACAUCAACAUCUGCCAGCCCCUCAACCCCAUCCCCGGAGUCCUCUGUCCCCCAGGAGCGGCCGUGUGCAUGGACCCUGACAAAGGCCAGCCCAUUGAUAUUGGGCGAAUCACAUUCCAAUCCACUCCAGAGUACAACAGCAACACGGGCAACGUGGAGAUGGUCUUCCAGAGCACCACCCCCUGCAGCCAGAACGCCUCCCUGAACUACACGUCCAAAGUCAUCUUCAGCUGCCAGUCAGGCACUGAUCUGGGUACUCCUCAGAUGAUCCGACAGCAGCAGUGUCUGUACGUGUUUGAGUGGGCCACUCCUGUUGUCUGCCCAGAGAUCUUGACCACCAGUGGCUGCUCUCUCCAUGUCUCCCAGCUGCAGUAUACCUUCAACCUGACCUCUCUGUCAGGGCUCGUGCAGGUGCCCGCCAGCUCCUACAAGAUAAACGUGUGUGAUUCCAUCCCUGACUCGGCCUGUAACAACAGCGCCGUGUGUCAGAUGGACGGGGCCUCGGGCGUCUCUUUCGGCCACAGCAAAGCCAUGAGUCUGGACUACAAGCGCCAGGACCAGACCGUCAUCAUGACCUACGCAGGCGGGGAUCCGUGUCCUCCAGUAACAGACAAGGGGGAUAUGUGCGUUUUCCCUUCGCAAUACCUGAAGAAGACCUUAACAGAAUGCACCACUGAAGGCAUGACUGAACAGCGGCUAUGGUGCCCCAUCACCAGUGACUGGAACAAGGACCACCAAUGGGGUAACUGCGCUACAGAGAGCACGAAGCGUCAGUCCACUAUCUUGUUCACGUGCAGCCGGACGGCGGGGCGGGGCAGCCCGGAGCUUCUGAGCGAGACGAAGGGCUGCUCCAGCACCUUCCGGUGGAACACCAGCGCCGUCUGCACCCCUAAGAAGAUGGAGUGCCAGCUGGUGAGCCUCCACAAGACCUACGACCUGCGCACCCUCUCCUCCCUCACCGAGCCCUGGAAGUUCAGCAGCGGCACUGACCAGUAUUACAUUAAUCUGUGUCAAAGCAUCCACGGGGGGCUCACUGACUGUCCAGAGGGGGCCACUGUGUGUCGCAAGAACAAAGGCCAGACCCAGACCCUGGGCCUAGUCCAUACCCAGACCCUGGAGUACCGCGAGGGGAAGAUUCUGGUUAACUACACAAUGGGAGAUGCCGUGUGUGGGAGUGACCUUCGUGCCAAAACUAUAAUUCAGUUGACAUGUAGCACCAUAACUGGCCAUCCGAAACUCCAGAGAGAGGAUCCUGUCGCGUGUGAGUUCUGGUUGGAGUGGGAGACACGAGCAGCCUGUGCUGUUGAGCAGCAGGAGGUGGAAAUGGUCAAUGGCACCAUCACCCUCCCGGACACCGGAGCCCGAAUUAACCUGGGGGACCUGUACACCAGAUUGCACCAGGCCACAGGGGACAUCAGACCCAAUGGAGACCGCUACGUCUACGACAUCCAGCUGUCCGGCAUCACCAACAGCUCGGUCACCAACUGCAUGGGGGCCUACAUCUGCCAGGUGAAGGUGAACGGUAAUUGGCACCGUAAGAUUGGCUCCUCCAGCAAGGCCAAGUACUACAUCAAAGGAGGGAACCUGGACGUGUUGGUGCCGUCCGUGUCGACCUGUGGACGGGACAGGAAGCACACGGUCUCGUCGGCUAUCCUGUUCCACUGCAACCCCGAGGCUGGCGAGGGCAUUCCAGAGUUCCUGCUGGAGACGGACCUGUGCCAGUACCUGUUUGUGUGGCACACCUCCAGAGUGUGUGACUUUUUGUGAGUGGCUCUCUGCACUCUACUGUUUUCAGUAGUCAGUCUACUCUAGUGAACAGUUAUGUGUGUGCCAGCAUGGAUGGUGGUGUUCACGUAGGCCUACCUAGAAAGAGAAGGGAGAUUCUGGUUCAGGUGUCAAAAGAAAGUGCAUUUCAUGUGCUCCAUAUGAUCAACACUCACAUCUCCUCCCAAAUCACAUUGGGUCAUUCUGCAACAACAGAUCAUUUGAAGCUGCCACCCAGUUUAUAAUAAAUGUUAUGCUCAUUGAUAUCUGCCCAGGGAAUAUAUACAUGUGUAUAUAAUGUGUACAGUAUGUGUACAGUAGGUGAGGGUGUUGAAGUGUUUACUGUGGCCUGCCCCUAAAACAAUAACAAAUGCAGUGUCAUUCAUCAUAAACCCUACCUUUAAUCUCAUCUGAUAUCAAAGCUGUCACCUCAUGACUAUGGACAAGCCCAAAGGGAAACAGGGGGAGCCUGUAGCACAAAUCACUUCAUUUUUGCAUCUUCUCCCCAUUGUGAUUACCAAUCAAAUAGUUUCAUAGCAUCUUUUUUUUUUUGCUGAACCUUUCCUGCUCAACUGGUGUGAAAUUACAUUACGUUUCAAGAAUAUUUCAAGUAACCAGAUGGAAUCACAAUGUCUGCAGGAUGUCCACAAUCACCACAUUAAGACCAUGUACCUCACAUAAUACCAUUUACCUCACCACAUUAAGAUCUUGUACCUCACAUAAGACCUUGUAUCUCACAUAAGACCUUGUACCUCACAUCAGACCAUGUGCCUCACCACAUAAGACCUUAUACUGUACCUCACAUAAGACCUUGUAUCUCACAUCAGGCCUUGUACCUCACAAAAGACCUUGUAUCUCACAUAAGACCUUGUACAUAUGGGUUUGGUUUUUUUUCUCAUCAAUCUACACACAAUGCUGUAAAUUUAUAAAAAAUAAAAGUCUGACCCUUUGUUAUGACA